GCCGUCAUGGACCGCAAUAGUAGCAACCCUGUGACCCCUCCUCCGACGAUGCCUUCGGAUGUAUCUGUAUCGUCGACCGACACUAGUUUGAGCGAGUCGACGGACGCCAAGGCGCCCCAUCCGUCUCAAGAAUCGCACGAACAAGUCGAGAAGAAAUACCACGCGUUGCUCUCAACCAUGGAGCAAAAGCGAACACACCACGGACGGGGGCUCGUGGAUGCCUCGCCGAACGAUUACGCCCCGAAGCAUUUUCACGACUUCCCACCCCGCAACGUACAAAAGCAUGAGAAGUUGGAAAAACAUGUGCGGACGGGCCUACCCACGCCCGACGUGGUGCAGGACCGUCAUAUCGUGCAGCCCUUGCAAGACAAGCCGAAUCCGUGCAGUGCCAAGCUUACUCGCAUGUAACUACUAAACCC